AUGUGGAAAGUUCUGCUUUUGGCAGUGUGUUUGCUGGCGAACGAAGUUCAUACCAUGGACAGCCCAGUGUAUGGUGUCAAGCUUUGUGGUCGGGAAUUCAUCCGAGCAGUCAUCUUCACUUGUGGUGGCUCAAGAUGGAGACGAUCGCUUCGGACUUCAGCAGAAGACCCAUUCAACUCCCAUCAAGAGUCUUCAGAGGAAUUGAAUCACAAUCCUGUGAUGGAGAGUAUACUCCACAGAAAUAGAGAUCUGGAUUUCAUAUCAAGUGAAAACCAAGACAGAAUCUUCAGUCGGCCAACUCGUUCUUUCAUCACUGAAGAGAUUCUUGAAGCCCUGCGAAAAGCAGAUCGUAAGGGUCGGGACGUGGUUUUGGGUCUUUCCAAUGCAUGCUGCAAGUGGGGCUGCAGCAAGAGUGAGAUUAGUUCUCUUUGCUGA